AUGGUUUUGUUUCCUCUAGCCACGCUCGUUUGUCUUGUUUCUGUUGCCUUCGGCCUUAGUUGUGAAGAAAAAAUAGCUCCUAAGGUCAUGCUCGCCGCGAACGCCGCAGAGCUCGCCUAUAUCAAAGAAUUCAACUUUACUACGGUUGUUCAAACCGAGUUCAAUGACAUUGUUGCUUGUACCAACGACUACCAGAUCUGUCAGUUCAAUGCUACGACCCAAAUUAAGGCAGCCAUCGCUUGGACAAGUCUUAUGAACUCGAGAGCUUUUGACUUUACUCAAACUUACUUUUUAGUAAGUGGAACAGGUGGUGCCAACCCUAGGGUCGCUGCAGCAGGUGGGGUGGCUAUAUCCCGUUUCGUGAUGCAAUUUGAGAGAGGCUCCAUGUUUUUCGGUUCCGACUUGCCUGAAAACUUCACUGGAAAUUACUUCUGGGCAGGCGGACAAACCCCAUCAGUUUAUCCAUCGCUCGUUGACACAGAGCUUUUUGAAUUCAAUACAGAUUUAAUCGAUAGAAUUUUUGACCUGUCUAAAGAUUUGGAAAUGACGGAGAUUUCCGACGACCUUAUCGCCUAUCGUGAAAAAUAUGAGUAUCCAGCUGCCAGACGUUCUCCUUUCAUCGCAAAAUGUGACACCGUCGCUUCUAAUGCUUACUGGCAUGGCGAUGUCGCUGCUACAAACGUUGAGAACUACGUGAGGCUGCUAUCGAAUGGAACUGCCAACUAUUGUAACACCAAUCAAGAUGAUACUGGAAGAGCUGCUGCCAUGUUCCAUGCCGCUCGGAAUGGAAAACUGGAUUUUUCUCGUGUUGCAUUUGUCAAGGCAUUUAGUAACUAUGAUAGACCCCCACCUAGCAUGACCGCAUACCAAACGCGUAUGAUGGGAGACUCGGCAACUGACGUCGGUUUGAAAAACAGUUGGAAGGUGGUUUUGACUUUCGUAGACGAUGUUUUGAACAACUGGAGCUCAAUGUAUGCCAACGGAAUUCAAGCAACUGGCUAUGUUGGAGAUAUCUGUGACAGUAUGGGCGACCAAAUUCCUAUCUUUGUUCCAUCCAAAUGCCGUAUUUACUCUUAG